UGAUGCAAGAACCUGGCUUUAAGUUGCUAUCUCUCCCUCCUUCUCUCUGACGUGACGUUAGCUCUUGUCGCGUGUGUCUGAUCGCUCCACUCCUCAUCCUACUCCUCACAUCCACCUUGUUCACCGAGCUGAACACCAGCUGAUGCCACUCCUGCCCUGGGUGUGCACCCCAUCUCUGGGAAGCGCAACAAUAUCAAGGGCUGCACCUGAGAGGGAUCACAGGAGCGAAGCAAAGAGGGAAAAACGCUGAAUUAUUUUUUAUUGUUUUCAUGUUCACAUUUUUCCUUCAGCCAAAGGGCUCAGAUUUAAGCGAAAAUCUUGUCUCAUACCGUUUACUCACGGAGUGUGGAGCUAUGAACGAGUCUCUGGUGGUGAACGACUCCUCUGCAGCUUCUGUGGCUGGAGAAGCUUUCCCAUGGAUGGAGGCUGAGUCUGCAGACCACAACGGCAGCUUAGAGUUCUCCACUGCCCCAUUAGAGUUCCCCGUCAACCCAUGGGACAUUAUGUUGUGUAUGUCAGGCACUGUCAUAGCCUGUGAAAAUGCUAUAGUGGUAGCAAUCAUCUUCUAUACACCCACUCUAAGGACUCCCAUGUUUGUGCUGAUAGGGAGCCUGGCUACAGCAGACCUGCUGGCCGGCAUGGGAUUAAUCCUGAACUUUGUGUUUCAGUAUGUCAUUUCCUCUGAGACCAUCAGCCUCAUCACUGUGGGCUUUUUGGUGGCAUCCUUUACUGCAUCCAUAAGCAGCCUUUUGGCCAUCACUGUGGACCGUUACUUCUCCCUUUACAAUGCCCUGACAUACUUUUCAGAGAAGACGCUGCAGUAUGUACACUUGAUGUUAAUGGGGACCUGGGGGGUGUCUCUGUUACUGGGCUUGCUGCCGGUGCUUGGUUGGAACUGCUUGGAUGAGCCAGCCUCCUGCAGCAUUGUUCGCCCUUUGACCCGGUGCAAUGUCAUGCUCCUGGCCACCUCCUUCUUUAUUAUCUUUGUGCUUAUGCUGACCCUCUACUUCAAGAUCUGCAAGAUUGUGUGCCAUCACGCCCAUCAGAUCGCUCUCCAGCAGCACUUUUUUGCCACGUCACAUUAUGUCGCCACCAAGAAAGGAGUGUCCACUUUAGCCAUCAUCUUGGGGACUUUUGGUGCCAGCUGGCUUCCCUUUGCCAUCUACUGUCUGGUGGGUGAAAGGGAGUAUCCAUCAGUGUACACAUACGCUACACUACUGCCAGCAACUUAUAACUCCAUGAUCAACCCCAUCAUCUACGCCUACAGAAACACAGAGAUCCAGCGCUCCAUCUAUAUGCUUCUCUGUGGCUGCUUUCAGGCCAAUGGGGCAUACCGUUCCAGGUCCCCAAGUGAGGUCUAAAAAAGGUGCUCUUUGUGUGUUUGUGUGUGUGUGUGUGUGUGUGUGUGUGUGUGUGUGUGUGUCAGAGAGAGAGAGAAAACACAGAGCAAAAAGACAAACUAUCCCUUGACCAUUGACAAUCUGCUUACAGUUGACAGUGAAUGCUUUACAAACACAAAGGGGGCAUGCAUACUGUAUCUGCACUUUAUAUGUCUCAACACAAGUUAGGAGGAGAGUUUAGAAACGCUGUGAACAAGAAUUCUGGUUAUUUAAAAAAAGAGAAAAAGACUAAACAAACCUGUGAAUGUACUUAAAUGAAAAAAUGGAAUGGAAAACAAAUCUUGCACUUUAUUCAGUGUUUUAUUUUCAAAUGCCAAAGCAGUAUUGUACAGCCUUUAAUGUGUUUAAAUGUUUGAACUUGUGUGUACCUUGUGCCAUUUUUCUAUUUUGUAUUGUAUUGUCUUUGAUGUCCAUUUUGUACAAGAGAAAUAAAGGC